AUGAAUUUCUAACAGAAUUCUUUAUUUAAUCACAAUCUUAAAUGGGAAAUACUUAAUGAGAAACCAUUAAAUGAUUUUAAGACUUUGUAAUUAUAUGUUUUUUCUAAUAAAAAGAAGGAAUUUCAAUUUAAAGCAUUAAUUAAAACAGGUUCAAGAAUACUGAAACAAUGUAAAAAUGUAAAAUUAUUCUUUAUAUAGGAAGAACAAGAUUAAAUAUUUAGAUGUAAAAAAUUGCAUAUUAAAAAAAAUACAUCAUUAUCAAAAUGGAGAUGGAAUUAAAAUUACAUCAGGUAAUUUUUAAUUUGAAUUCUAUGGUUAAAUUACAGAAUGGUUUGAGUAAUUGAAACUAUAUUGCAUUUAAGUUGAUUUUUAAAGCAACUAUAUCAUUGGAAACCUUAUAGGUAAAGGAACUUAUGGAAAAGUAUUUUAUAAUUUCUAUUCCAAAGGUUUACAAAGCUCUUUAAAAAUAAAACAAAUGUGAAUAUGCUAUCAAAACUUUUGAUAAAAGCAAUUUACAAAAACAAAUUGAAAUAGAUGCAAUUUAAAGAGAAAUUGAGAUUCUUAGAAUUAUUCAACAUCCUAGAGUUAUAUAACUUUUGGAAACUUAUGAAAGUGAAACACAUAUAUUUGUAGUUUAUGAAUUACUUAAAGGAGGAGAAUUAAAACAAUUAAUGAAUGAAAAAAAGUUAAAUUAAGAUUAGUGUGUUACAAUUAUUUAUAAAAUAAUAGAUGCUUUAUCUUAUAUUCAUUCAAAAGGUAUAAUACAUAGAGAUCUAAAGCCUGAAAAUUUAAUAUUUCGUUAUACAUAAAAUAUUGAUGAUAUAGUAAUAGCAGAUUUCGGAUUGGCAGAUUUUUAUAGAAAAGAUGGUUAAUAUCUUUUUGCUAGAUGUGGAACAGCUGGAUAUUUGGCACCAGAACUAAUUAUGAAUAAAAUAUAUGAUUAUAAAGUAGAUGUUUAUAGUGUUGGUAUUGUUUUUUAUAUGUUAAUAAAUGGAGGUAAAUCUCCAUUUGAGAAAAUAGAUUAUGCAACUUAAUUAUAAUAAAAUAUGAUGAGCAAUAUAGAUUUGACUAAAUUGAUUAUUACUAAUGAAUGUUAAGAUUUGCUAUCAAAAAUGAUUGAUUCGAAUCCAUAAACUAGGAUAACUUCUCAAUAAGCUAAAAUACAUCCUUUAUUUCAUAAAUAACAUGAAAAAAUUGAAUUAUAAACAACAAGACUUCCAAAAUCACUUACAUUAUCUUUAAUUGAAACACCUAAGACCUAAGCCAUUUAAUCAAGUCGUUUAAAAAAAUAAAGUUUUGUUUAGAUAUCACAAAGUGCUAAAAAUUCUCCAAUUGAAACGAAAAAAUUGACAGGCCAAAUAAUUUUUUCGAAUACAAAAUAAAAAUAAUAGUAAUGAG